CAUUCAUCCGGAGUGCCUUCAGUUGAACCUCCGGCUGUGAAGCAUCUGCGUAUGUGGAAACAGUUUUUCCUCGUCACUGCCAUCAUGCAGUUACUCCAGUGGCCAACCGCCGUAACAGCAGCGAAUCUGCUAUGUGUAUUUUCGCUGUUACUCGUACCCUCCAGCGCUCGUUAUUUGUCGCAUAAUCCUGAUGCUUUGGAUACGGAGCUUCUUAAUCACCACGAUUACGAUGAAACUAUAAUACACCCUGAUGAAUCGUUCAAACAACAAUCAAUUGAGAAUGACGAAGAUAAUGAGGUAAUUUCCGUACGUCUGCUGAACAGUUUCAUUUCGAACCCAUAUUCAUCAACAGUACACGAAGUGCAAGAUGUCUUCUAUGAAAACAUACAAACAACAUCACCGGAUACCGGCAGUAGCAUAACUGAACCUCCACAUUAUCCGGCAACCACUGAAGAUGAUCUACUAAGAUCAACGCAUGAGAGCACUGAAAACUUUAUCAGCAGCACUACUGAAAGUAUCGUUGAGCAUCUCAAUGAAGAAACUUCGAUAUCUACAACAUCCCGAGAAUUACAAACCACAACGAAACCCAUAUACGUGCAAACAUCGGCAGCACUAGUGUUAACUCCAGCUGCUGUCCCUAUAGAAACAACUACGGAACAAGUGAUAACACCUCUAGCUCCCGUCAUUGGAACGCGGAAGAGAGUUGCUAGAAACUUCGAAGACUUUAAAAUCGCCCCAGAAAUCGACUUGAAGCGACUGAACUUUGGUAACAUGCAUGGAUUACGUAUCAGGGAUUUACUAGCGAGUUCGUUACCCCCCGAGAGCACAGAACAAUCGGAUACUCCAUCCACGAACACCAAAUCAAGUGCCGAGUGUCCAUGUUCCAGCCGAAAAACUCGAAAAUCAGUUGAUUAUGAUACCUAUGAUGAUUACACGGACUACGAACAACCGCCGGCAGUUCAAUUUCCUCGUCUGAAAAAUCUUUUCAGUGAUCAGGGUCAGUCUCAGGAUAAUGAUGCACCUGAAACCGAUACUGCUAUAGAAAGAGCCGAACGAAUCCAGGGUGCCCUGGAACGGAUUAUGGGUAUAGUAACGAUUAUAUCACACGUUGAUAAUUUUAUUCAGAAGAAAACAAAACAAUCUAUUAAGAGGCUAGCUCGGUUGUACGAAAGUGGGGAAGAAUAAAUGAUAGAUAAAUAGCAAUUAGAAAAUUGUUUUAGUUAGUCCCAUGCCUAGAGUACUCAUACGUAACGUAGAACAUUCAUACGUAACGUAGAACAUUCACCUUUUUUCUUACUUUCGUGGUAAAAUAUCCGUCAGGAUUUCACCAGUGACACCACGUUGCGCCAAUGCAAUUGUUGCGCAGCCUGUUUACAGCUUCUUGAUCAUCCCACACUGCCAAGAACUUGCUCCACGUGGUCCAAUCAACUAGCUCACUGCGCGCCUCUACGUGUCUCUCCAUUCUUGUCAUAAUGUUUCUGGAUACUUUUUUCUCAAUGGUAUUGAAUAUCAAUUUUACAUUCUGACAGUGACAUGUGGCAUUUUUACAUAACAUUUAUUUGACACGGCAUAAUACAUAUAAUGUUAAACGGAGCCAGAUAAUUUUAUUCCUAGAGAGAUUGCUAAAACUAAAACUAGCAUUUUCUUUUAUUCAUUGCAUUGGUUCGAUAUGUUGUUAAAUAGGCACUCUGAUGCUCUUAAGGAAGCUAUAAAUCAGCAUCAUGUAUGUCUUAUUCCGCUGAGCCAGUACAUCAUGUAUUGGGACAAAGGGUUGUAUAGCUCGAGCCCUGAGAGUAUCCAAAAGCACGGAUCUGGCGUCAAUGUCCGUCAUGAUUGACAAUGUCAAUGUCAUGAUUGACAUGUGGCAUUGUUUAGAUACAAUAACAAUAUCGCACGCUAGCCUGGGGGCUAAUGCGGUCUCGAUCAACUAGAAUAGUUGAGAGAAUUCGUUAUCGAUAUUGUUUUCAGCACAUUUUGCAUGUUGUAGGAUAAGUACAACGAUACACCGUGCCCCAGUGCUGAGUCGAGAAAAAUUCCAGCUCGAAAAGUUCUUCGACCUGAUCGGGAAUCGAACCCGAUAUCACAACCGUGUGGGAGAGCUAGCCGACCGACAUCGCUAACCACAGAACCACGGGGACCAUUGUU